AAUUAUCUCCUAGGCCCACCUAUGGACCCAGAUGAGGACUCGGACAACAGUUCAGUUUAUGUGCAGGGACUCAGUGAUAACGUGACCCUGGAGGAUCUGGCAGAUUUCUUCAAACAAUGCGGUGUUGUCAAGAUGAACAAGAGGACCGGGCAGCCUAUGAUAAACCUCUACAUUGACAAAGAAACGGGCAAACCCAAAGGAGAUGCCACGGUAUCUUACGAUGACCCGUCUACUGCCAAAACAGCUGUUGAAUGGUUUGAUGGGAAGGAUUUCCAGGGGAGCAAGCUCAAAGUUACCCUCGCACGGAAGAAGGGCCCGAUGAACAGCAUGCGAGGCGGGAUGCCCCCACGCGAGCAGCGAGGAAUGCCUCCCCCGCUGCGCGGAG